AGGUGCUGAGGACAGCAGCAACACUUCUGUUAGCUUUGAUGGCAUCUCCAGUUAGCAGCAGCUUUGUUUAAUUUUGCCAGUAUUAAUGACUUGCUCAGUCGAUUUAAUUUCUCAAUUAUCUGUGUUGUGGAUUACCAGUUGGUGACAGGGAUGCAAUAAAACAGAUUUUUUAUUUCAUUUUAUAAUGAACAAAGGCUUGUGACCAUAAGAAAAAAGACAAUGGACAUGAACAUGAGGAAAUUUACAGUGAGGAGGUUCUUCUCAGUCUAUCUGCGCAAGAAGUCCUGCUCGAAGAGCUCCAGUCUAAGUAAAUUAGAGGAUGAAGAUAUUGUGAAAGAAAUAGAUAUUAGCCACCAUGUCAAAGAAGGCUUUGAAAAAGCAGACCCCUCGCAAUUUGAGCUUCUCAAAGUAUUAGGCCAAGGUUCUUAUGGAAAGGUGUUCUUGGUGAGAAAAAUUAAAGGAACUGAUGCCGGGCAACUCUAUGCCAUGAAAGCACUGAAGAAAGCAACACUGAAAGUUCGGGACCGCGUGAGGUCUAAAAUGGAGCGGGAUAUUUUGGCUGAAGUGAAUCAUCCAUUCAUAGUAAAACUUCACUAUGCAUUUCAGACUGAAGGAAAACUAUAUCUAAUUUUAGAUUUCCUCAGAGGUGGAGAUCUGUUUACUCGGCUCUCCAAAGAGGUAAUGUUCACAGAAGAAGAUGUCAAGUUCUAUUUAGCUGAGCUGGCCUUGGCUUUAGACCACCUCCACAGUCUUGGAAUUAUAUACAGGGAUCUCAAGCCAGAAAACAUCCUUUUAGAUGAAGAGGGCCACAUCAAGAUAACAGACUUCGGUCUCAGCAAGGAGGCAAUAGACCAUGACAAGAGAGCCUACUCUUUCUGUGGGACGAUAGAAUACAUGGCCCCAGAGGUUGUCAACAGAAGAGGACACACUCAAAGUGCAGACUGGUGGUCAUUUGGCGUUCUAAUGUUUGAGAUGCUGACAGGGUCACUGCCUUUCCAAGGCAAGGACAGAAAGGAAACAAUGGCACUAAUACUGAAAGCAAAGCUUGGAAUGCCACAGUUUUUAAGCCCAGAAGUUCAAAGUUUGCUGCGUGCACUUUUUAAGAGAAAUCCUACCAACAGAUUAGGUGCUGGUCCUGAUGGAGUAGAGGAGAUUAAGAGGCACUCUUUCUUUGCACCAAUAGACUGGAAUAAAUUAUAUAGGAUAGAAAUCAAGCCCCCAUUUAAACCAGCUGUUGGCAGACCUGAAGACACUUUUUACUUUGAUCCAGAAUUCACAUCACGAACACCAACUGACUCCCCUGGCGCCCCACCCGGUGUCAAUGAUCACCAGCUUUUCAGAGGAUUCAGUUUUGUUGCUACAAACCUUGGACAAGAACAAACGCAGAGGGAUAGCCACCAGAGUGCCGUGCCCCCCAUUGUACAGCGACUGCACGGGAACAAUAUUAAUUUCAGAGAUGGCUAUGAAAUCAAGGAAGAUGUUGGCAUUGGAGCCUAUUCGGUGUGUAAACGAUGUGUUCACAAAUCUACUGGAGUGGAAUAUGCUGUCAAGAUAAUCGAUAGAAGUAAGAGAGACCCAUCAGAAGAGAUCGAGAUCCUCUUACGAUAUGGACAGCACCCAAACAUCAUUACUUUGAAAGAUGUUUAUGAUGAUGGAAAGUAUGUGUACUUGGUAAUGGAGCUAAUGAGAGGAGGAGAACUGUUGGACAGGAUCCUACGACAUAAAUGCUUCUCCGAAAGAGAAGCCAGUGCAGUGCUCUGCACCAUCACGAAAACUGUGGAGUAUCUUCACUCACAAGGGGUUGUUCAUCGAGACUUGAAGCCCAGCAACAUACUGUACGUGGACGAGACUGGAGAUCCAGAAUCUAUAAGAAUAUGUGACUUUGGAUUUGCCAAACAAUUACGAGCUGAAAAUGGGCUAUUAAUGACGCCUUGUUAUACAGCAAACUUUGUGGCCCCAGAGGUGUUGAAGAGACAAGGAUAUGAUGCAGCCUGUGACAUUUGGAGUCUUGGUAUUUUGCUGUACACCAUGCUGGCAGGGUUCACACCAUUUGCCAAUGGACCUGAAGACACCCCUGAAGAAAUUUUGUCACGUAUCGGAAGUGGAAUGUUUGCUCUUUCUGGAGGAAACUGGGAUACUAUCUCUGAUGCAGCAAAGGAUAUUGUAUCCAAAAUGCUACAUGUAGAUCCCCACCAGCGGCUAAGUGCACCACAAGUACUUCAUCACCCUUGGAUAGUGAGCAGAGAAUAUCUACCUCAGAGUCAACUCAUCAGACAAGAUGUGCAGUUAGUCAAGGGAGCAAUGGCAGCCACAUACUUUGCUUUGAGCCGUUCAACCCAGGCCCCCAAACUGGAACCAGUUCUUUCUUCCAGUCUGGCUCAACGGAGAGGAAUGAAGAGGCUCACAUCCACCCGAUUAUAGCAGAUCCUUGUGACAGACAUAGAAGUGCCCUAACUCUGAAUCUUAUUCUUAAAAAUAUCUUUAGUACCCGACUUCAUAGAAGCCAAUGUGGGUGACAGUGUACCUUAUUUCAUUUGUGGAUGCCUGGCUGGUAAUGUGUGCAUCGUGCCAACCUUCAAAAUUGUUUUACGAGGAAACAAGAAAAAAAUGACUUAUGAAAAAACUGGAUGCAUUAAUCUUAGUGUAACUUUGUCAAAGCAGCAAUGUCGUCAGCUUGUUCGGUCAUAUACUGUAGCUGGUUAUAAUACAACUAGAGAUCAAAAUAAGCUGUGCUAGAAGGAUGGCAAAUGCCUCAUGUACACUCACCUAGCUUAACACUCAUAAGCUAUAAAGCCCAUUGUCAACUGAGAGCAAAACUCCUGUCCUGUAUUGUUCUUACAUGAAACAAAUCCCUUGAACAAAAUGGCCUAAAGGUAGAAGAAAUAACUUUAAAAUUGUAAGAUUAUAUUUUGUGUAGCAUUCCCCUGCUAGAGGUACUAUAAAAGUAGUGUUUGCACCCAAGACAGAUAAGCACACGUUAAAGUUGCCUUUUUUUUUUUUAAAGAAGAAAGAUACAAAAGGCUUUUCAAAUUUCUCACCUAUUUGCCAGCAUAUCUUUCUGUUUUUUUUUUGUUUUGCAAUUUUUAAACACCCUAUAAUGACAUGAAUAGGAGCUCCCAUCAAAUCUUAAUGGAAAGUCAGCGGUACAUUCCUAAGAUGUGUUGCUUAUUGUUAGUUUUAUACCAUUAACUUUUUUUAUUUCUCUUCCAAAAUAAGACCCAGAAUAUUAUAGGAAUCAUAUCACGCUCAUUUUUAAGGUUCCCCCAAACCAAUCACCCUUUGCAGUGCUAAUGCAUGUUACAUAAAUUAAUUAAUAAUGUACCUUUACACACUUAGGUAAACAUAUUUCUACCAAUUAAAGAUUAAGUACAAAUAAUACUUAAAAAUAAUCUAUUACCUUUACUGAACAUCAGCAUGGCCGCCAAGAGUAAAAUGAUGCAGUACAAGAGGUGUGAAAUGAAUAUUUCAGGAUUACAGUCCUUGGGCAUCUGCACUAAUUGCUUUUUCCUUAUGUUUACAUAAUCAAUAACUAACUAAAAACACUGAAGCACCCUAAUGGCUGGUGACAAAUGUUUACUUAUCUGGAUUAAAGCCUGGAACUCACUGUGUUGUUUUCAGAUCUCUACAACAUACAGUGUGUACUUUUGUGUCAAACUAAAACAGUUUCUUUCCAAAUUUGUUUUACACAGCUAAGUGUUUUUUUUUUUUUUUCUGUUGCUCCAGAACUCAGCUUCCACCAUUUAUUUCCAUUUCAACAGUAAACCAAUCAAUUUUGAAUGUUUUCUUUUGUACAAUACGUAGUUUCAUUACAGGCCACAUCUACUGCUAUCUUAUCUAUAAAAUCAAUAGUCGUAGCCUAAGAAAAUACUUAUGUUGUAAAGACAAAGUGCAUUCUUAAAACACA